AUGUGUUUUGGAAGCAAGUUAAAAGGGGAGGAUCCUUCGGCGCGUCUGGAUAACAACGACCACCUCAAUUCUCGCCCAGUCAACGUGGAUGCGAAACCCGCAAGAAACAGUUCAGUCAAACUGCCUCAAAACCGCAACUACACUUCUCCCUCGGGCCCUCCUCCAUCCCAUCAACAGGAAUCAUACGAAUACACACCCCCGUCCGGUCCACCUCCACCUCACCAGCAGGAGUUUGCCCCUCCAUCAGGACCUCCCCCUUCCCAUAACGAUUAUACUGCACCGCCAGGCCCUCCACCAACCCAAGAACCAUACCACGACUGGCAGACUGCUGUCCCCGAUAACUCACUCCUCCCACCUCCACCGUCUCUCUUCUCGGGACAUCAAAGCAGCUCGACAAACAAUGCCACCGAGCAACAAGCAGAGCAAGGCGAGGCAUGGUGUAAAGCCAACCCGAUGACACAGCCCGUGAUCCUCCCCCAAGCAGCACUCGAGGCCCUAGACAGAGGCGAGAUUGGCAUCAUAAAACCACGAGACUACAAGGGAGAAUUGGACCGACCACGCCCAGGUGUUUGGGCUGGCAAGACGAAAUCCAGCAGUCCAGACUCGUGCAUCACAUCCUCAAUCCCGCUCUACAGCGUCGACGCACACUCUCCCAUGCGGACUGGCUGGAAGAAGACCAUAUACUACGAAGUCCGCAUCAGUCCCCGGAAUAGGCGGGAAGUUAGUCUGGCAAUGGGUUUUGCAGCGCCUCCGUACCCUAGCUUUCGAUUACCUGGCUGGCAUCGUGGAUGUCUGGCUGUUCAUGGCGAUGAUGGGAGUAAAUACAUCAAUGACCGUUGGGGUGGGAAGGAUUUCACUGCUCCUUUUCAACCUGGACAAACACUUGGGAUUGGCAUGACGUUUACUGCACGAGAUAUAGACGCACCUCCUUCGUAUGGACCCGCCCAAACAACUGAGCAGGUACCCAUUGAUGUUGAGAUCUUCUUUACUAGAGAUGGAAGGAAGGAUGGCAGCUGGAACCUACAUGAGGAGGGAGAUGCGGAGCAGGAUUUGCCGGUUACGGGGUUGGAGGGGUUUAAUGAUCUUCAUGCGACGGUGGGGACGUUUGAGAAUGUGGAAUUUGAGAUUAUCUUCAACCAUAAAGAGUGGAUCCUUUCAAUUAUUUCAAUAUAUAUCGACAAGGAAUGGGUUGGGGUCAUCGAUCAAAUUGCGGAUGUCUUCCCAUACGCUCGCAAACCGUCCGCAGCACCGCCCCAAGAAGAGAACUUUGAGGCUUGGGACGAGAACAAAUUAGUUGGUAAACCGAAAUCCAUUGCAUUUGGUGCAGAUUUCGACAUACGAGAUCAACAUAUUGAUGCCAUAGUAGCAGCAGGGCCCGAAACUUGCCAGUCGAUAUGCCGCUUCACCUGCGGCGUUAGUGAUUCGGGCUGUAGAAGCAGUCUUUCUGAUGCAGUGGUCUCUAGACUCACAGCUGCUUGUCCCAAUCUAGUGCACAUAGCCAUGGAUCUAGCUUGCGCCCUUACUGAUGCAGCUCUCUCAGCCAUCUGCCGGAACUAUCCAAACAUCGAAUACAUCAUGAUUAACGGGAAUGAUAAAGGCAAGGGCUAUAUCGGCGGGACAGCACUUGACACAGAACGAUUGAACUCAAUACCAUCGCUCCUUCAUCAACGGGCCCCCAAAGUACCACAUCACAAGCUGAAUAUGGCAAACCCAACCCCAAAGCAAGCACUGCCACCGAGCCCUGCCUUAAUGGCAGAACUAAUGGGGGACGUUUCGGUCCAAAUCGCACACAGAUCUGUUGUUCUAGCAGACCUCAAGCCAGGUUCCGGCGUGCUUGAUAAUGCUUGCGGCAAUGGUAUCGUCACCCUCGCCAUUAUCGAUUCCGAAACCCCCCGCGAAAUCAUCAUUUACGCCGCCGACAUAAACCCCAAGAUGUGUGAAGUCACCGCGGCUGCUGCUGCCUCGAAAGGCUGGGCUGACUCAGUCAAGACUGCUGCAAUGCCAGCCGAAGCCUUAACAUUCGACUCCGACUUCUUCUCGCACAGCUUCACAAACUUCCUUCUUAACGCGUCUAAGGAGCCUGGAAAAACCAUCAGCGAAAUUCACCGCACCGUAAAGCCCGGCGGCACUGCGAUAGUCACUACCUGGGCUAUAGUUGCUCACAUACCUGCAGUCUUAGCGGCGAACGCUGCAACUCGAGGACCUGACGUAUUUCAUCCUAUGAAAAGGGGUAAAGAAUGGAAUGACCCUGCCCAUUUAGUGAAGGCGCUCAAGGAGGGUGGAUUUUCAGAUGUUAAGAUGGAACAGUGUGAUAGCUACUUGAAGAUAUCCGAUUUAAGACGAUGGUCGCUGAUUGCUUGGAGUUUCUUUGGUGGCAUAAUACCUGGAGGAUGGACUGAGGCCGAUGAAGGAAAGUUCCAGCAAGCUAUAGACAUCAUUCAUAAUACCUUGCUGAAGACUCCGGGAAUGGAACCCGAUAGUAAAGGAGGUGCGAGGUUCAAGAUGAUUGCGAAUAUUGCAGUUGCGAAGAAGUAA